GGUAUACGCCCGCGUUCCCAAGGGCGCGAGGUGUUCGCGAAAGAAUUCAUCGUAAGGGGUGCAUGUAACUACUGUGCGGAAGGAUUUAUACAUGCCAUCAAGCUAAAUGAACAAAGAUACGCGAAUCGAAGAAAUGGAGAGCGCUGCAAUUUUAAAAGCGCCGUUCCUCUUCUCGUCGCGGUUUGCACUGGCGCUGGCUGCCUUCUUCGGCUUCGUCGUACUCUACAUUCAGCGCUUUAACAUGAGCGUCGCUAUCGUCUGCAUGGUGAACAACACGGCCGUGAGGGCAGAGGCCGGAAUCGACGCUGACGGCGAUCUAGAAGGCGAGACUGGCGACCGCUGUCUGGCGACAGUCACGCUAUCUAACGACACGACUGACGACGAGACGGGAGAGUUUGUAUGGAGCAAACCUACACAGGGUAUCGUCUUGAGCGCCUUCUUCUGGGGUUAUUUGCUAACACAGCUACCUGGUGGUUGGCUGGCGACAUACCUUGGUGGCAAACGGGUGUACGGAUAUGGUCAGCUACUUGCCUCUGUCAUGGCGCUUCUAGCUCCGGUAGCUUCCAACUAUAGCUACAAGACGCUGCUUGUAGUUCGUUUCAUACAAGGCAUUGGCCAGGGAGUGGUCUUCCCAGCCAUGCACGUAUUCUGGGGGACUUGGGCUCAUCCAUAUGAGAGAAGCAAGCUUGUGAAUUUCACCAUAGCAGUGGAGACCACCCGUCACCCUUGA